GACGGGAGGCUGGCGGACUAUGUACAUUUUUCCUUUAUUACCUCACGAGCAGGGAGGAGGCUGCCGGGAUAGCGGAGGACCUUCCCUCGGCCUCGCUCCAGUCCUCCAGCUCCCCGCGCUGCCCGGCGGCCCCGGGAAGCCCGGCUCCCGGCCCGGCCGCGGCGGGCCCUGCCUCCCCCCCGCCCGCCGGGCCCGCUUCUCUGGGGAGCCUCGUCCAGGCCCAUGGCUCCAUGAGGCGGGAGAAGGAGGCUGCGGGGUACCAGCGGCGGCGGCUGGGCUGAGGCGGAGGAGAAGCCGCGUCCGGCCCGGGACGGGUGCAGGAGGGUUCUGCAGUGCUCCAGGCAGCAAGUUGUGAAGCAGGAUGGGAAAAAGACGCUGUGUUCCUCCACUUGAGCCCAAGCUGGCAGCUGGCUGUUGUGGGGUAAAGAAGCCCAAAUUAUCUGGGAGUGGAACGCACAGUCAUGGGAAUCAGGCCACAACUGUACCAGGCUCCAGUUCAGGUCCUCUUCAGAACCACCAGCACACAGACGGGAAUAAUGGAAGGGAGAACGUAUCUGACUUGACUUUGGGCCCAGGAAAUUCCCCAAUUACUCGAAUGAAUCCCACUUCAGGAGCUCUGAGCCCACUUACUCGGCCCAAUGGAACUGCCAACAGCACCAAGAACCUGGUGGUGACAGCAGAGAUGUGCUGCUACUGCUUUGAUGUACUCUACUGUCAUCUCUAUGGUUUCCCUCAGCCACGACUUCCUCGAUUUACCAAUGACCCCUAUCCACUCUUUGUGACGUGGAAGACGGGGCGAGACAAGCGGCUUCGUGGCUGCAUCGGGACCUUUUCAGCCAUGAAUCUUCACUCAGGACUCAGGGAAUACACAUUAACCAGUGCACUUAAGGACAGCCGAUUUCCACCCCUGACCCGCGAGGAGCUGCCCAAACUCUUCUGCUCUGUCUCCCUCCUCACUAACUUUGAGGAUGCCAGUGACUACCUGGACUGGGAGGUUGGGAUCCAUGGGAUCAGAAUAGAGUUCAUCAAUGAGAAAGGUGUCAAACGCACAGCCACGUAUUUACCUGAGGUUGCUAAGGAACAAGACUGGGAUCAGAUCCAGACCAUAGACUCCUUACUCAGGAAAGGUGGCUUUAAGGCUCCGAUUACCAAUGAUUUUAGGAAAACGAUUAAACUCACCAGGUACCGCAGUGAGAAGGUGACAAUCAGUUAUGCAGAAUACAUGGCCUCGCGUCAGCAUUGUUUCCAGAAUGGCACUCUUCAUGCCCCCCCCCUUUACAAUCAUUACUCCUGACACACGGCUGCAUGACCAGUCCCACUCCCCAGUUGCUGCCAACAGCUACGACAUCAUUGGGGCAGAUGCCUCCUCUUCCUGGUCCAGUUACUUCUAUUACUGCACCAUUUUAUGAUGCUAGCUUCCGUUGCCAAGUCUGCCUUCCAGCUGACCUGGGGGGAUGAUGAGAGCAUGACAGAACUUCAGGGGCCCAAGCCUUAUCUCAGCCUUCCCUCUGAAUGGGGGUUCAGUUGGAUUGGGGCUCCAUGCCUAUGAACUGUCGUGAGGUGCAGAAGACCUCUCUGAGUGAAAGUGCCACUUCGGACUGAUGCGUUCUUGUGUAUUACCAACACUUUGGAAUCUUGAGCUGUUUGUUAUGGAAGCCCCCCAGAUCAAGUAGGAUCAUUCCCCCGGCAGUCUGGGCAACGGAGUCCAACAAAACAUUUUUUAGGUUCUUUCUAAGUUUUUUUUUAAUCUCUUGUAUCUGUCGUGUACUGAGAGCUGAUUGCAGUCCCCACACAUCACAGGUAGACAUUAUGAUACUUGGGGAGGGUUGAACAUCUGAGUAGCACCCCAUCCUCACAGGCAGAAAACACUUAAAAGACAUGAAAAGCCUUUGAAUGGUAUUGCAGAUGAAUUAAUUAUUUAAAUAAGAAGGCUUAUUUGUCAGAUCCCACUGAGGGAUGGGUUUCUAGAAAUCCUCUUGGUUUACAGUUUUCUGGGUUUUUUUAGGCAGUGCUUUGUAAUGCAGCCUGCUAUGAAACAGAACGCUGUUAAUCCUGUAAGAGAGCAGCAUGGCACAUGCUGUGUGUGCAUAGGAUGAGUUACUUGAGUGUCCCUGGACAGUCUGCUCUGUUGCAACCAAGUGUUGUGCCCCAACAUUUGUAACAGCCUGAUAGAUGAGGGAUGGGGAGGGCAUUGGCUGUAGUCAUACAAGAGAGACUAGUGACUGAAAUCUGUUUAGCUAAAGUCUCGGGGACCUUCCUUUUGAUAGGACAGCCACUUUCUCUGAUGUGACUACUGACCUUUGAGAACUGCUAGUAUUCCACUUUAUAGCAGGCCUAUAGAGAAGAGCUGUGUAGUUUAACUGGUAAGUUAUUAUCUUACACAGUUUGGUCAUUACCACAUUAGGGCAAUGAGUGUGGAAACCUGUAUUACCCAGAGUGUGUAAAACUCGUAUGCAUCCCUUGUUUCUUCUCCCAUCAUUGAUGAUUACAAGAAAUACUUUCUCCUAAAAGGAAGUGAAGUUAUCCAGUUGUUAUUCUGCAGUGUCAUUAAGGGAUGUCAUGAACUCAGUGAUGGAUGGCCAAAUGUAAUUUGUGGGGGCUUGUUUUGUUUUCCAAGUUUCUGUACAGUCAGCAAUGAUCGGGAAAGAAAAAACAAGUGCAUAGCAAGAGUAAUGGCUGUUUGGUUGCGUAUAUCUUUAAAGCUUUCAUGUAUGUGGUAAUGAUGGCUUUUAAAACUGACUGGUGUUUGAAGCCUGAAAUUGUCUUCUGGCAUGGCAGGGAAUAGGGCUGGUAAAAAGCUCAGAACUGCAUGCUGCUGCUCUUUCUGGUCCUAGAGAAACACACAGAAUUGUGCAGUUUUGCUUCAUGUUGGUGUAAUAUCCUCCUGCUGGAGAAGAGAGACGUGAGGGAAAGGAGGGGGUCCUAUUCUGGAUAAUGGUGCAAUAUUGACCCAGCUUUCCUCCUGUACUGGGUCAUCCUUAUAAAUUGCCACUUUUCCCUUGUGAUGUUGUUGAAAAGCAAUUGAAAGUUAAGGGAUUGUUUCUUCAUUUCCUGCUGCUGAGAAUAAAUCGGUCUUGUUACAAACUCGAGUGGUUUGUAAUUACUCUCCCAGGUGCCGUGUAGUGAUGGGCGAGGGUGGGGUCAGCUCUGGACAUGCCAUUCAACUUUCAGCUGUCAAACAGUAUGAUACAUAGGGCUACACACAUUACUGUUCAAGUGUUCUAUGUUAGAAUUUAAUUUCUAAGAGGUUUAAAACAAGCAAAAAAAUGGUGCUAAAAUUUCACCCCUGAGCACGCUCAGUGAGACUGGUCAUGCAGGCAUAUAGUGCCAGGCUUUUCAACAGUAUUGUUUCUUUUUCCAAUGUUUGCCCUGUUCUGUGUCUUCAACAGUGUAUAGUGUUUCCUGAUUUAAUUUUAUUUGAAUAGGGGAUAUCUAAGGGGUGGGGUGGGGAGGGUUAGCUGUCAUUUUUAAGAACAGGAUUUUAGGAUCGAGUGACUUGGUUGGUUGAAGCCUGAAGUGGGCUAGGUGGUCUGGGACUGGGGAAGUGUUAUCCGCUCCCACUUCCAUUUCCCCACUCAGCCUGUUUAAGAAAACAAAAACGCCUCUAAAUAUGUACUGUGUUCUUGUCUUGUUGCAGUGAGAAAAGAAGUUGGCAAAUCAGAAACACUGGUCUGCUGCCUAAGAAACAGGCCCUCGCAGCUUUAAUCCCGUAAGGGCCCAGCUGUAAAAUCAGUUGAAAAGUGUGUCAGUAAUCAAGUUAUCUCAGAAAAACAAAAGCAUGACAAGGACAUGUGGUCUCAGGAAAUAAUCCCAUUUCUAGAUCAUUACAUGGCAGCUAUGCAUAAGGAUGGAAGAGAUGAGCUAGAAACAAAAUGUGCUUUGAGUUGUCUUGAGAUGGAGGUGACCAAGAUCAGUGACCAGUUGAUGUAAGAAUUUCUCCACGGUUAUUUGGCUGGGAUUGCAGGUUAGAACUGCUCCUUUUCAAAGCAACUGCUACCUGCUUUGAUCUGGGCUUAACUCAUCCUUAGGAGCAAGUGCCUUUUGGUCUAGAAGGGCUUAUUCUCAUGACAACCACAACUGAGAAAUAAUCUCACUGCAAUUAUGAAUUGUCUUUGUUUUACAGUAACUACAGGAGAAUGUCUUUGAUCACUGGAGUCUGUCAGUGUUGGAAUGUUGCCACUGUGAGGUUCUUUACUUUUUUCUUUUUCCAUAAUGUUCAACAGUUAAUCUCAGCUGAGGCCAUUUCAGUUUGGGAACGUUUUAUAGUCAAAAUAUCACAUAUCUACAAUUUAUCAGUGAAAAAAAUCUGUAGGAGAAUCUAAGGGUUCAUUUUAACCUUUGCACAGAAUGAUUUGUUUUCAUAGUACAUUAACAAACAUCUGCAAUCUUCACUGACUAUUAGUGCUGUUUUCUGUUUGUAUUCUGGAAACUACAUGUUGUUUUGUUGGGGUUUUUUUGGUUAAUUUAUUUCCUUAAAGCAGGAGACCUCUUUUGACCUUCAGUGCAGAGAUGUCAGACCAAUUCUUUGUAUUACACUUGGUUGCCUCCUACCUAUAUAAUAACUUCUGAGUGUAAAUAAUUGAACUCUAUCCUCUAAUGAAGUAUUGUAGAGAAUAAAUCAUAAUGGAUAAAGA